AUGCAGUGGCGUUUCGCGCGAGAGAAAAGAAAAGAAGAGAGUGUACGUCCGGUUUCCAGAGUCAAACGCACGGGCACCAAGUUAGUAAGAAAUGUCGCCGCGAGAACUCAGAAUGCGAACGAAUCGCUCUACGGGGGUUCGAACGCCGAACUACGCACUGAGCAGCGUGAACAGCUGCCUGAUGUGAUCCCCCCGAGAAAAUACGAGCGCGCAUAUCUCUGCUUUCCUCUCUCUCUCUCUCUCUCUGUCUCUCUCUGUCUGUUUCUCUCUCUCACCAAUGCGCGCGCGCAAAAAAAAAUCGAACAAGAGGUUGAAAGAUUUCUGAAAUCUGAGUCCGCAACGACGUCGUGUAGUUUAGUCGAGCGGAUAGCGAGAACUUCAGGACCUGCAAUCUGUCGGGCUUCGAACUCCAACGAUUACAUUUACUCUCGCUUCAAGGGAACGGGGCUAACACUCAUAGGAUUUGAACGCCGCCCAACUAAAAGAAGCAUACGCGAGUUUUUUUGA